AUGACUCUUUUUGUUGUAGUGUUCAGAACUGAUUAUAAUAUCUCAGAACUUACAUUUCUCGAAAGGGUUUUUCCGAAAAUUAGUGGGUUAGAAGAACUCCUUUCGAUUCUUGAAAGAAUUAGAUUUACUCGUAGACAUCAUCCUCAUCCUCAUCAUCACCAUCACCAUCAUCAUCACAAGACGGAACCUCAAACUUCUUGUAACGAUGACAUAUGGAAAUCCAGGCUCAUAUCAGAUUACAGUGUUUCGUGUGUGUUGACAGUGGAUUUAAAGGGCUGUGCGAAUUUCAGCAGUGUGCAAAAGGCAGUAGAUGCUGUUCCUGAUUUUAGUCCAAGUAAAACACUGAUCGUUGUCGAUUCUGGCACUUACAGGGAGAAAAUUGUUGUGAGCUCCAACAAGACAAACUUAAUAAUACAAGGUCAAGGUUACCUCAACACGACCAUUGCUUGGAAUGACACUGCUAAUUCUACUGGAGGAACAGCUUACAGUUCCACGAUCGCCAUUUCCUCAGCCGGUUUCGUAGCUUAUAAUAUUAGUUUUCAGAACACAGCUCCUCCACCAGACCCUGGAGAAGUUGGCGGACAGGCGGUGGCACUCAGAAUUUCCGGCGAUCAAGCUGCAUUCUACGGCUGCGGAUUUUAUGGCGCACAAGAUACCCUUAACGAUGAUCAAGGGAGGCAUUAUUUCAAAGAGUGUUUCAUCCAGGGAUCCAUUGAUUUCAUUUUCGGAAAUGGCCGAUCACUCUAUGAGGAUUGCAUGAUCAAUUCAAUAGCAAAAGAAUCUGUCACCGGCGGAGUCACUGGAGCUGUGACUGCCCAGGCAAGAAACUCAGGCACUGAAAAAACAGGCUUCUCCUUUAUGAAUUGCGAAAUUGGAGGCAGUGGAAAAGUGUGGCUUGGACGAGCUUGGGGGGCAUAUGCCACCGUAGUUUUCUCCAAAACACACAUGUCCGACGUGGUUUCUUCUGAUGGCUGGAAUGACUGGAGAGAUUCCUCCAGAGACCAAACAGUGUUUUUUGGAGAGUGCGAGUGCUCUGGGCCGGGAGCAAAUUAUACGUAUAGAGUGGCAUAUGGGAAGCAAUUGAAGCAAACUGAAGCUGCUCCUUACAUGGAUAUUUCAUUUGUGGAUGGACAACAAUGGCUUCUUUCUCGCGGAAAAAAUUUAUCAUCAGACAGUCACAGACUCGAAGAAAGUGAUUUAGUUCAAAAAUAUUGA